AUGCCAGACAACAACCCCCGCUCCGUCACGAAGCACUACUCCGAGGAGAUGAUGACCGUCCCCUCAACCGAUAAAGUCGAGUUGGACGGUCGUCUGUUCCGCGGCGACGCCAGGAAGCACACCUGUGUCAUCCUUACCCAUCCAUAUGGACCGUUAGGCGGCAACUUCGAGAACAACGUAGUCAAAGCGUUGUUCGACAACUUUGCAAGUCAGGGCUUCAUGACCGUGCGAUUCAACUUUCGUGGGACAGGGAGGUCAACGGGCCGAACAUCGUUCAAGGGGCAGGGGGAACAAGAUGAUAUCUUGGCGAUAUGUCGAUACAUUCGGGAGAAAGAGCAUAUUAGACCAAAACACAUCAUGCUCUGCGGCUACUCAUACGGCGCGGUGGCAGCAGGCGGCGUCGCCACACAGAUUCCAGAGCUCUCCGGUUUCAUUGCUGUCAGCUAUCCAAUUGGAGUAUUAUGGGCGCUGACAUUCUUCGGCACUAAUAAGUUCAAAACCAGCCUGGCCGGCAUCCCUUCCCAUAUUCCCAAGCUGUACAUCACCGGCGGGAAAGACGGCUUCACAUCUCUGGAGACAUUCACAACGUUCGUCGAGUCGCUCCCAAAAGAGAACAUCACCUCAGUAGUGGUAAAAGAAGCAAACCACUUCUGGGUAGACGGCACGCAGGAGAACCAACUGGUCGCGCAUAUAAAUCAGUGGUUAGGCAAGACCGGACUGAACGCGAAAGGCGGGAGAAUGGCGGCGUCGGCGCUGUUGCAGAGGGGGACUGGGGUGGUGUCGAGUGCGACCAUACCGCCGAGCUCGCCUAGUGCUAGAUAG